AUGGCGAAGAAGAGCAACGCCAGGGAUCUCUUGUCCGUGGGUCUCUAUUGGGGCGUGGCCCUUCACAACACCUACGUACGCCUGGGAGAGUUCAACAUGAUGCGUAAUGAGGACACCGAACAGCUGAAAACUGCCAUCCGGGUCGUCGUCCAUCCAAACUACAAUCCAGUCAGCAAGGACAAUGACAUCAUGCUGCUCAGGCUCUCCUCAUCAGUGGACAUCACCGACAGUGUCCAGCCCAUCGAUCUGGUAACUGUUGUCUCCACAGCAACCAUCCCUGAAGAAAUGCAGUGCGCUUAUGUGGACAUCAUCCCUCAGGCCGAGUGCGAGGCAGCGUAUCCUGAUGCCAUCACCGAGAACAUGCUGUGUGCAGGGGUUAAAGGAGGUGGUGUCGAUUCCUGUCAGGGUGACUCCGGGGGACCCCUCAUCUGCAACGAAGAGCUUCAGGGCAUCGUGUCCUGGGGUCCAGAGGUGUGUGGCCAGCCUGGGAAACCCGGCAUCUACACCAAGGUCUGCAACUACGUUGGCUGGAUUCGAGGGAUCAUCCGGAGCAUAUGA